AUGGAUGUCAUUGACCAUAAAGUACUGUUCAAGUCGUUCCUGUCGCUGUGUCUUCCAAAAACCAAGGAGCCAUUGGACCUGGGCCUGUACCCACCAGUCACCCGUUCCCUGGGGCACGCCUUGCCCGGUCCGAACCCCCUCGGGCCUCAUGCCUUCUCGUUCGGGCUCCAGCACGGAGCCCUCGGCCACGGCAACCACGGGCCACUCGGUCACCAUGGAAACAUCGGUCACCGGGCCGUACCCACCCUUGGGAUGCGGAAGGUCGAAGAAAAAUCAGAGCAGCCUAAAGAGACCCAGUAUCUCAGUGCAAACUGUGUGUUGAUGGUGUAUUAUAACGGUGACAUAUCGUCGAAUGUUGAUGAGCAUUUCUCUCGGGCACUUAGUCAGCCAAGUAGUUAUAGCCCGGAAGGAAAAUCUAGCAAAGAAAGCUGACGUGUGAGGACCAAUAUCUGAAGAUCCCCACAUCUGGUCGAUAUCCUCAUCAGUGACUCUGCUUCCCGCGAGCGGUUACCUAUGCCCGGAGUAAACAACGUGAAGUCAAAAUUGUCAUAGCCAAGGUUUCCCGUGUGAGUGGGAUCUCUGUUUCUGUGGCCGAUAUGGUGCCUUGCGGUAGCAGUGACGACUUAAAAAAACCUGUCUACGCUGCUCAGGACUCAUCUAAAUUAACUUGGUUCAUAGAAAGAACCCUCUGAGUGCGUUAGACAGACAAUGGGUUCACAUAGGGAUAUAACUGAUCGAUCUUAAUUCCAUUGAUAUAUUUACCCUCGCCUUCUUUAGAAAGAACAAGUGAAUUAAUUGAUGCCAGCCAUUGUUUUAUUGGCAAUGUUUUGCAAUGCAGUAUGAAUUAUUGAUUUUGGUCUAUGUUAAUAUCCCUAAAAUUCAUUAGUUUUGUAAAAUUUAUUACUAAGUGUUAACUGAUUUUUUAUUUCAAUUUGAAGAAUGUUCUCAUAUUUAGGUUAAAUGGAAUUACUUAAUUCAGUGUCAAAUAGAAAUAUCAUUAUUGCAUCAAACCAAACCAUUACGUGACAUUCGUCAUGUGAGAUGUUAUCAUUUGCGUAUAAACAGUCGUUUCAGUGACUUCUUCAAAUCGAUCAUCUGCUAGUGUGAAAUACAAAAUUGAAACUAAAUGUAAUCAGUCAUUUUGCUCUUUGAUUGAGUAUAGCUUUUAUCAAUAUUUCAUAUACUAGUUAAUGAAUGUAAACUUGUUAAAUAACAGCAUAUGCUUGUUUUUACAUUUUAUAUUUUCACAUAAUAUAAAAUAUUUAUUGCAAACA